AUGACAAAAAAUACACAUAAUCACCCUUAUCAUUUAGUAGAUUAUAGCCCAUGACCUUUAACCGGGGCAAUCGGAACAAUAACUUUAGUAACGGGAAUAGUUAAAUGAUUCCACAAUUUUAAAAUAGAUUUAUUAAUUUUAGGAUAUAUUAUUAUUCUAUUAACAAUAUUCCAAUGAUGACGAGAUGUAUGCCGAGAAGGAACUUUCCAAGGUAAACAUACAAUUCUUGUUUCAAAAGGAUUACGAUGAGGAAUAAUUUUAUUUAUUGUUUCAGAAAUUUUUUUUUUUAUUUCAUUUUUUUGAGCUUUUUUCCAUAGUAGUUUAGCCCCUAAUAUUGAAUUAGGAACCAUAUGACCUCCAAUAAAUAUUACUCCAUUCAACCCAUUUCAAAUUCCAUUAUUAAAUACAAUUAUUCUAAUUACAUCUGGGUUAACAGUAACAUGAGCUCAUCAUGCCUUAAUAAAUAAUAAUUUUUCUCAAACUUACCAAAGUUUAAUUAUUACUAUUACUUUAGGAUUCUAUUUUUCUCUACUUCAAAUAUAUGAAUAUUACGAAGCUCCAUUUUCUAUCUCUGAUAGAGUAUAUGGAUCAACAUUUUUUGUAGCAACAGGAUUUCACGGAUUACACGUAAUUAUCGGAACAAUUUUUAUUCUUACAUGCUUUAUUCGACUAACAAAUAAACACUUUUCAAGUUCACACCAUUUCGGAUUUGAAGCAGCAGCAUGAUAUUGACACUUUGUAGACGUAGUAUGAUUAUUUUUAUAUAUUUCUAUUUACUGAUGAGGUAAUUAA